GCUUUUACACCCGCCGACGCGACCCGGUUGAUCGGUCCCGCUGUACUGUGCCCGCGCGCCAGUCUGCGCAGCCUCGAUCGUGUGCGCCGUCGCGUCUGAUCUGAGCAUAUCGCAGCGUUAGCCGCUAUUGAAAGUGACCACGGAUACGAGGAGAAUGCAAUCGCGUAUCGGUAGCCCAGCGUGAAUGCAGUUGCCGAACAAAGGAAGAUCCAGAGGAAGUCUGGUGGAGUACGGUCGGUAGCUGUCGCUACUACGGCACGCUUGAGCUAGCUAGAGCUUGCGAGCUUGUCAGCUUGGUGACCGUGCACAUGCACCAGCGAAACACGGUUUUGAUUAGCAGCUGCAUGCAAAAGUUCAAAAAUUCGCUGUUCCCAAAAUCGAGAAGGAGUUUUUUUUAUUGAUAGCCUUGAGUUUGUCUGGGCGAGACGUCCUGUGGAGAGUAGGCUGCCUUGUUGAGUGACCAGCCGGCGCAUCGGCAGCCAUGCCUCAGGAACAGCCUGCGAACAGAGGAGAACUUGCUAUUCAAAAGCUAUUGGAUGAGAAUGCCCAAUUGAUAAGGGCCAUUGUUGAUCAACAAGCUCGUGGACAGGCUAAUGAAUGCAUAGCAUAUCAGAAGAUCUUGCAUCGCAAUCUGAUUCACCUGGCUGCUGUUGCAGAUAAAGUCAACCCAGUCAUACCAGCGAAAGUUUCACUGCCAAGCCAAGUUUCAUCAUCUUCAUCUGUCAAUGGUUCCACUACAACGCUGGCGACAUCCACAGCGGCAGCUGAAGCAAAGCUGGUGGGAGCGGCAGGAGUAGCAACUGCAGCAGCAGCAGCAGCAACUCCAGCCGUAGUGUCAGCCAGUACUGCUGGUCAAUCGUCCACCUCAUCACCACCUGUGGACAUGACAGGGGCAUCGGCUGCGGCUGCUCGUCACGUCCAGUCGGCUGCGACACCGGCUGCUGCCACUGGCGACACAACCAGUAGCUCUCCUGCUCUUCCUGUCAACAGCCCAGCUACCAAUGUUGGUGUGCUUUCGCCCCUGUCACAGGAUGCGUCAACGCGACAGGGUGGAAGUUCUCAGGCACACAGUGCAGCACCCACUCCUGGCGGCCAGCAUGGUGGUGCUGCUGGUGCUGCUGGUGCUGCUGGUGUUGGCAGCAAUGUCGCAGGUGGCAUGCAACAAACAGCAUCCCUUAGUACUUCGCAGGUCAACUACCAAUCACCUGGUCAGUCGUUUCUUAGCUCUCAAACUCAGUCCAUGCCAGUCGAUGCUGAUCUGCAACAGCAACAACAUCUGCAGCAGCAACUCCAGCUUCAACAAGAGCAGCAGCAAAAGCAGCAGCUUCAACAGGCUCAGCUGCAACACUUGCAGCAGCAGCAAAUGCAGCAAGCUCACCAACAGCAACAAUUACAACAGCAACAGCAACAGCAGCAGCAAUUGCAACAACAGCAGAUGCAGCAGCAGUUGCAGCAACAGCAACAGUUACAACAGCAGCAACAAAUGCAGCAGAUGAAGCAACAGAUGCAGCAACAGCAGCUCCAGCAAAUGCAACAGCAAGGCUUUACAUCUCAACAGCAGCAGCAAGCCCAACAGCAACAGCUUCAGCAGUAUCAGCAAGCACAGCUGCAAAUGUCUCUGCCACAGCAGCAGCAACAACAACAACAACAGCAGCAGCAGCAGCAAGCACAGUCUUCAUUGCUCAAUACCACUACUGGUCCAGGUUCUGUUUCAAUGCAAGCUGCUGGGGCUUCCUCUUUUGCUAACACCUCCAAUAACCUUAUGUCGCAGCAACCCAUUCCUUCAUCAAUGGGCUUUUCUGCGUCUCACCAACAGCAGCAACAACAACAACAGCAGCAGCUGGCAGCUAUGCAGCAAUAUCAAAUGAUGCAGCAGCAGCAGCAACAGCAACAAUCCGGCCAGGGAAUGGCAGGUCAGUUUUCUGCAACGCCUGGUGCCGGAAUGCUGUCCAAUCCUGCCAUGCAGGUUGGUGGGGCUGCACAGCAUGCCGGUGUUGGUAUGGGCGCUCAGGGUUCCAUGGGUCUCAUGUAGACUGCUGCUCAGACUUCCGUGAGUCUCGUGUAGACUGCUCAGACUCCCAUGGGUCUCAUGUAGACUGCUGUCCUACUAAGGCAGAUGCCUUGACGGUGUAGUCAUCGAACUGCUGUUUGUUCCGCAUGAUGUCUGCACUUUGACAAUGUAGUCAUCGAGGAGCUGUUGUUUGUUCUGCGUCCCUUCGGUUUAUAUGGGCCUGUAGAACUGGCCCGUACUGUAUUAUGAAGUGGGCACCUUGUGAACAGUUGAACAUUUUCUUGAGCACAGUCACUGUCCAGCAUGAUUGAGAUCAGCUAGAUACAGGAGAGUUAGGUGUGUGUGAUUUAGAAUGCUGACAUAGGUGCAGCUAAGUAUUCAUCUAUGCCCUAGCUCUUUAGCCUGAGCAGUGCUGACAGCCUGAGUGGCGCUGAUACGCCUUGUUGAAGUUAGGCUACCUACGCUCGUAUUGAAGACAACAAUUGAGUCUACUUACUUUUCAGUAUAUUACUUGUGUGUGUGUGUGUGUUGUUGUUGUUGUUGUUGGUGGUGUUGUUGAUGUUGUAUUUAGGCAGCCCUUGUUGUUGCAGAGGCUGGACCCUGUGCAUGUGUAUGCUGCAACUAGAUGUAACGCUGUGUGUCUGCGUUGCGCCGCUUGUGUUCCCAUUGCGCAUGUUGUGUGUGUCUGCAUUGCGUCGCUUGUGUUGCCAUUGUGCAUGUCGCCCUGUAGCCAUAUUGCUUCUUUCCUUAAUGUUAUGCUGGUUCAGAAAGGUGUUAGCGCUGUGUCAUCUUGAUUAGCUUCUAUACUUCAAAUAGCUGAAAAUGCUUGCUCCUAGAGCAAUACCCAUACUGUCAUUCAAUAUUGCCUUUUCCUUUAUAAAAGAGUAAUAAUUCUAAAACGUAUACCGGUA